GUGAGUGUGGCUGCAUUUCAAAUCAUCAACGCCCGCACUCUGCAGACUCAUGCCGCAGGCAUCAAUUUACAAGCUAGGGUCCCCGAGAAAGCUCUCAGGGGAAGGCAACACCUGGAACAUACUCUGGGCGCUGCAAAUAAACGGGGCUGUUCAUCAGGUGUCGAUGCAGAGGAGGCUCUCCCAAAAGAUGAUCGUAAAGCACGACGGGAAGACCUUGCUGGACAAGGUCUUCGUGUUUGCGAAACCUUACGAGGGCUACUGCCUCGUGGCCUGGGUCAACCAGGGGAUCAGUUUCGGGAUAUUCUGCACAACGGAUUUGAGGUGCAUCCAGACAAACGCCGAUCACUACGACCUCCGUGUCAAUGGGGUCAAGUUCACGGGCUUGCCAGACGGCUGCCGUUUGAGGCAGAUACAACAAGCUGCUGCUCUCCGGCGGUCUGCCUCCGUUCCCAACAUGUCCGGCGCCCGCGCCGGUGACGCCUUCGGCGACGGCAGCAACGGCCACGGGGGCAGCAACAGUGGUGAGGCCGGCCGUGACAGCAGGGGCUCCGCGGCGGAGGCAGGGGGGAAGGCUUCGGCGACAACGACGGUUCCACCCAAGGCCCACGCCAUCUCCCGUAUGACGUCCUGAACGCGGCCCGUCGUGGGCGUCGCAGCGGACCCCCCGCGGAUCGACGCAACGUUUUCAAUGGCUUGUGUUUGCGGAACAUGCCUCAGAACGGUCUCGAUGAAGGGCUUCCUGUUUGGUACAGGUAAACACACGACCGCUCGGCCACAAAACGUCGGGUUUGUAGAGAAAAAAGCGUUUUUCUGCUGCGUACGAAAGUUUAUAUAUUAAAUCUUCGUUUUGGGUCUAUUUCCUUCAUAGACGCUUGCCUCCAUAUGCCUGCUGAGGCUUGCAUGUUAUCGAGUUUUUGCGCGGAAGGGAAAAUGCCUGUCGUAAGUGAGACGAGCGACGACAAGACUUUUAUGGGAAAAUCGGCUUGUAAUCUGUUUUUGAGUCUCUGCCAACGGGGUGGUGGGCGAUUCUCUUUCGAUGUUCACAUGAUGCCUGUUAUCGUACGGCGUGUUCUGAGGUCAUGUUCUGCCUCUUGACGGACGGCGUGUUCUUGGGGUCUGCAGUGCCGGCGGUACAUCGGUGUCGUGGGAGUAUUUCAAUUUCAGAGGGUCUCUCACCGGCAAAGAGUUUCAUGAUCAACUUGCCCUGGGCUGUUCUGUCUCAACAAUAUCGUUCAUGUAGAUACGUUGUUGUCGAAAGCCUCCCUCUAACGGUUUCAGUGGCAAAACGGCAGGGGGGCGGCCGUAGGCGUACUCUUAUAGCAGGGUUUCAGGCGUCUGCUGCUGUGCGAGGGAGGGCGGGUAGCGAAAAUCGCUACGUCGAGGGCACCGGUAUGACGUGUCAUCCACAAAAGUGUAAGUGUCGUUUGUUCCAGUGAGGUGUGAAUAUCCUGUCUUGUGGUAAAAAUGGCUUCGAUAACAAGCCAUCACGAAUCAUGCAUUGUGGUACGGCGGGUUGGUGUGGAAACAAGUGUAAGACAGAUGCGAACUUGUAACUACGUGUUUCGUGUUAUUCCGGUUAUAUUUCGAAAUUAUGCGUAUUUUGAGCAGGUAGUGUUGUGUGUUGUACAUGAUGCGAGUCGGCGGCAUUCCUUUUGGUGGGUUGAACUUCAUCGAUGCAAGACACCGGGAAUAUAGUUUCACUUUUCCUGCGCACGGUGGCGCUGAAUCUCCGAUUCGUUUUGUUUUUUUGGUGAUUUUUUGGCUUUGGUUGUACGAUACAUGAGUGCGCCACAUUACUGGGUGGGGAUUGCGACAUUUUUAGAUGAAAAGCGAUGCAGGAUACUUGAAGCGUAUCGUACAUAUUUUGACGAGGUAUUUUGGCCCGGGCCAAAAGUCGUCCCAUCAUCCGGCAAUCGCGUCGUCACAUGACGGCGUUCCGUUAGCAAUCAAUUAUUGCGUCAUUUUUCAUUCUCGUCUCUCGCCAGAGUGGCAACAACACGAACACUCUCUAAGGGGACAGCACACGUCACGGCAGAGUGCGGCAUACGAAUCGCGGAGAAUCAGCCGCUCUUCGACCAGACGUCAUCGGGGCGCGACGGGUACAACACGAACAGGUUUGUACACCGCUUGGGCAAAAAACACGCCCACACUCGCUACUUUUCAACUGAACAGCAGUUGUACUUCGUUGUCUCCAAGCCAGGCUUGCUUCUCACGUUAGUUCUUGUCCGAAUUUUCUAGCGUCAGCGGUCACGAAAACAGGGCACACACGCCGGAAAGUCCAAAAAAUAAUGGCACACACGCAGGGUGGCGAUAGGCACGCGGCCCCUGCCGGGAGCCGGGUACGGUCGUCCCCCAACGUACUGCAAAACACAAAUACAGCAGUAAAGAUGGAAC